GCGGAUAUCUUAGACAACCAUCCAAACAAGCUGUAACGUAAGAGCGGGCCGUAAACAACCCAAUAAACCCAAUUGCAUUCAUGUUCUUCUUUACUUGUUCGAUCAAUCGACGCCAUUGAUAGAGAAGAGAAAUUAGUUUAAGCAAUGUCAAAAUCAAGUGAAGAUGGUGACCGUCCGGGGAAUCUAUCUCACACAUUCAAGUACUUGCUCGCUACUCAAUUUUUAUCAAGGGGAAUACCGUUCAUAUUCAACUCAUGGAUUGUUCGGCACCUAACUGAAGAAGAUUAUGCGUUGUAUGCUGUACAAUUUCACUUGUUCAUUACUUGUGUGCUUUUUCUUAGUCGAGAAGGCUUCAGACGAGCAUGCAUGAGGGCAGACAUUUAUAGUGAUGGAUCUUCAGGGAGAGGAAAUGCAGCAAAACUCUUGAAAGUAGCAUGGAUGACUCUUCCUUUGGGAAUAAUUAUCACAUUUGCAGGAUGUAUUUUUGUUUUAUGGUGGCAAGAACUAAGUUAUUCUAGUCAAUUUGCACAGGCUAUAUGGAUAAAUGGUUUUGCGUGUAUACUGGAGCUACUGGCUGAACCCUUUUACAUCUUAUCCCAGAAUUUGCUUCUCCUCAAGUUGCGUCUAGUAGUUGAAAGUGUAGCUACCCUUUCACGUUGUAUAACUACUUACAUCCUCAUUGUGAAUCUACCUGGCAUGGAGAAAGCAAUUAUAUUUGCAUUGUCACAAGUCGCAUUUGGAGCUUGUGUGUUCUUUGGCUACUGGGGCUACUUUCUUCUUUUUCACGUGUAUAACAGUUCUGAUCUCUUCCCUUUUAGUGUAGGAAGUGGAGGCAUUGAUGAGCAACUUUCAAAAAUGUGUAUGUUGUUUACCUUUCAAUCUUUCCGCAAGUUGAUUCUUCAAGAAGGAGAAAAAUUGGUUCUUGUAUGGUUGGACACACCAUAUAACCAAGCAGUAUAUGGGCUUGUAGAUAAACUAGGCAGCUUAGUGGUUAGGCUGGUGUUUCUCCCAUUUGAAGAAAGUUCAUAUACUACAUUUGCAAGGUCUGCAUCAGGUGAUCAGACACAGAAGCAAAAGAAACUGGGAAAAAGUUUGACCGAGGCGUUGAAACUUGUUUUGCUAAUAGGUUUGGUAGUCAUGGCCUUUGGUCCUAGCUACUCCUACUCUCUCAUUAGGUUUCUGUAUGGUCGCAAGUGGAGUGAUGGAGAAGCAUCAACAGCUCUACGAUACUAUUGCCUCUAUGUAAUUCUGUUGGCCAUGAAUGGAACAUCAGAAGCAUUUUUGCAUGCAGUCGCAAAUGAGAUUCAACUCAAGCGCUCAAAUGAUUCCUUGCUUGUAUUCUCAUUGAUUUAUCUGGUGUUGAAUGUUUCUCUUAUACAUUCAGCUGGUGCAAUUGGGUUGAUUUUAGCUAAUUCUUUGAAUAUGGCUCUUAGGAUCACUUACUCAGCAGUAUUCAUUAGGAACUAUUUCCAGGAUUCGUCCUCAUUUUCCUUUCGCAGAUGCCUGCCCUCUGGUUGGACCUUUCUACUUUUUUCUGGAAUAGUCACUCUAGUUUCAGAAAAGAUAUUUCUGGAUCCGGAUGACUUCUGGAGAACAUUUAGCAUUCACUUUUUAGUGGGCAUAACCAGUUUCAUGCUAGCAGCCUUUAUCAUCUAUCGUCGCGAGAGGACCUUUAUCAAUAAUAUCGUACGUUUCCGGGAGCAUGCUGACUGAAGAAGAAAGUCCCACUCCAGUCAAAGCAAGAACCUUAUUAUCAAUUAUUUUAUGGAAAAGAAGAUAGCAUUUAGCUCUUCAAAGCAUAUCGACAAUUCUUUGUUGCAUCUCAAAGCCAAAUUCAUAUUUUUACUAGGUUCAUAAAUUAAUUGAUUAUCUUAUGCUGUUCUUUUUUGUUUCAUCUUGCAUUUGAUGCUCUUGUCACCCAAGUGAUGUAAGGGGUAAGAGGUAUCAUUGCUUCACUGCUUUCACCUUUAUGCCUUUCUUUCAAACAUUUGAUUGAAAUGGAGAAUUGACUGAGGCAGUAAGAUUGAUGUCAAUACUAUGUUGUGCAUAUGUAGCAUUAUUGCCCUAUCUUUCCUUUGGUUUCUUUCCCCCCUUUUUUACGAAGCAAAAACUAUGCUGGUCAAUGAAGUGAGUUGACAAUCAUGAGGUUUCAGGUUCAAAUUCCAGCAAAGAUAAAAAUACUAGGCGAUUGCUUCCCAUUUAUCCUAGCCUUUCUGGAUAGAGUUACCUGGUAUCCCGUGGAAUUAGUCGAGGUGCGUGCAAGCUGACCCAGACACUACGGUUAAAAAAAAUGAUCAGAAGCUUUACUAUUACAUGACCUUGGAGCCUUCUUUUCAGCAUGUUAGAUAC